AUGCGGGAGCUGUGCAAGGCAGCGGGCAAGAAGAUUUACGUUAUCUCUGUCGGAAAGGUGUGUCCUCCUUCUCCUAUCACAGUACUCUGGAAACUCGAUUGCAAUCUAAUUGAAGCAAAUUCUAUUUCAAACGUUCGUAUUAGAUUGCAAAGUUUUCUAAUUAGAUUGCGAUCGAGUUCACAGAGUAAUUUCUGCUUCCAGAUAAAUGUUCCGAAGCUCUCAAACUUCUCCACCGACAUCGACGUUUUCGUUCUCCUGUCGUGUCCGUUCGGUGUCGUUCUCGAUUCAUCCGACUAUUUUCGACCUGUUGUCUCUUUUUUCGAAGCGGAAGUAAGUGGAUUCUUCCUAUUUCUCACCCGUUUCGUCACUUCCAGAUUGCUCUGAAUUCUGCAAAAACGUGGGCGGCAGAUUUUGGAUGGUCGGCCGAGUUCGCCGCGUUCCUUGAAGGUUCGUUGCGUUUCGCGUUUCCGCAUGACUAACUUUGCAAGUUUCAGACAAAAUCGCAACGGAAGUACCCGAAGACGAGGCCGGAGAUUUUAGUUUGAUUUCUGGAAAGGUCCGCCAUCAAACGAAAGACGAGGAGCAGAGCGCGGAUGGACCGAAUUCAGUGAGCAUUUACAAUCCCGGAUACUGUAAUGAUCGGACCUGGAAAGGAUUAGACGACGGCGUCAACACUGGCGAAGGCGGAACGACGCUCGUUGAAGGACGGAGUGGAAUUGCACAAGGGUACUCCGGAAAAUAA